AUGGAUACCUUGUGGCUUAACCAGUUUGCCGUCCUCCUCUGGAAAAAUUUCAUAUUAAAGAAACGGAAGAUGGCUUCUUUAAUUGUGGAAAUUUCCAUGACAGUGCUGUUCUGUACAUUGAUUUUGCUUCUGCGCAAACAUUCCACAAGGGAACUUACACAAGCUACUCUUUUCCAGUCUCUUCCCUUGAAUGAACUUCCCACUUUCCUCACUAAUAAGAAAAAGGAAUUUGAAUUGGUUUACGUGCCUUCUGGAAGUGAUGUGGCAAAAAAUAUUACUGAGAAAGUGAAAAAUGAUUUAAAUGCCAACCUUACAGGUUAG